AUGCGGGACCUGGUGAUUGGGUUAGCCAAGUCGGUGGUGGAGGUGGCCCAGAACAAGGUCCAAUCGGCAGUCGAGUUAAAUCUGCAUCCCGUGAGCGUGGGGCAUGUCCUGGUGUUCAUAAAAAAAGAGUUCGGUAUGAUCCAUUCCUCCCUUAAAGUCACUGACGAGGUGCACAUCAACGACGUCGUGGCAUGGGACUGGCUGAGGCAGGUGCGUGAGCUGGCCUAUGACCUAGAAGACUGCAUCGAGGUCGUCUUUUUCCUGAUGGAUGCCGUCGAUUCGUGGGAAGCAGUGCCUAUGAUCGAGGCGUUAAGGGUGAGGGUGGAGGACUUAAGCCACUGGAACUCUCGGUACAGCUUCAUCAGCAACUCUGGCUCCAAGUCCAAGCCCGUCCUCGCGCAGCAACAACCGGCGCCUCCCAAUUCUGUCGGAUACGACACGAGAAGACACCACAUCUUAGGGGAUCUCACCCAGCUUAUCACCAACAAGGACGAUGCUGACCUUCAAGUGAUUUCGGUGUGGGGGGCAGACGGAGGUAUUGGGACGACAUCCAUCAUCAGAAGCUGCUACAGUGAUCCAGAGAUCAUUCAAAGUUUCAUAUGCCGAGCCUGGGUCAACCUCACUCAUCCAUUCAAUCCCCGUGAGUUUGUCCGGUCCUUGAUGGCUCACUUCUACGCAAACAGUUGCCAAGAACGAAAAGGAGCAGUCAUUGGUGUUGAUGUCCUAACUAGUAUGGAUGCGAGUGCCGAUCUCCUCAGUGAGUUCGUUCAGAUAGUUGACAAGAACAGGUACCUCGUUGUCUUGGAAGACCUGACCACCAUGGCAGAGUGGGAUUCAAUCCGGACGUUCCUUCCCAACAGAAAGAAUGGCAGCUGGAUCGUCGUGUCCUCACAGAAAUACGAAGUUGCAAGUUUAUGCGUGGGACAUCCGUAUCAAGUAUUGGACCUGAAGCAGUUGCCGGGUGAACACUAUAUUUGUGCUUUCUUGAGAGAGUAA